AUGGGCAAGCGCAAGAGCUCGAGCAAGCCGCAGGGACCCAAGAAGCGCGACCCGCUCCCGACCACUUUUACAUGCCUCUUCUGCAACCAUGAGAAGUCAGUCGAAGUUAAGCUCGACAAGAAAGCAGGAUGCGGCCGGCUCGAAUGCAAAAUCUGCGGACAGAGGUUCCAGUGCGGAAUCAACUACGUCUACAGCGAGUGGGUCGACGCAGCAGAUGCUGUCGCCGCCGAAGCUAGCGAGGCCGAGAAAUUACGGGAGGCAAACGGUUCGGGGAGCAAACGCACGACCGACUCAAGCCUGAGGAUAGACGAGAACGAAGACUUGGACAGUUAUGCGGGGGAGGGUAUCGUAGAUGAUGAAGAGUACGACUGA